AUGCUUCGCCAUUUAAUCUCUGGUGCUAUGCUGUGCCUCGUGGCAUCGGCUUCUGGCUUUGUUCCCCGGGCUGCACCUGGCGUUGACGAGAGCUUCAGCUUGUAUGCCUAUGGUGACUCUGUCGGUGGUCUUUCAAUUUUCUACGCCGAUGGCAAGGCAUUCGUCGGCGACCCAUCUAACUCGACUUCAUCGUCCGCCAUCCCGGUUUCUUUUGAACGAUCCUCCUCCUCAUCUUCGAGCAAAUGGAUUGCCAAUCCGAACACCACAUCCUCUACCGACAAUACCGACAAUACCGACCGCUGGUCCAAUAAAAUGCUUUACAUUCCCAGCUCAUCAUCUUCUUCGCACCAGAUGGGCUUCACCUCGAAAGCCGAGUCCAACGAGACCACUACCGGCUUUAUCUUCUACGGGCAGUGGGUGAUGAUCGAGACCGAGUCUGGGGAUAUCUCCUCCAGCUUCUAUGUCAAGGCUUCGUCCGAGGGCGAGGGGGUUUAUUCUCUGCUGUGGAAUGUCACUGAUGAUGACUCUGCUAUCCCAAUUUCGCUGCGCUCAGUCAAGCCUUCAAACUCCUGA